AUGGCUAGAGCCAAGACAGAGAAGCAAUGGGCACUGACUAUUGCCAGUCUAGUCUUCAGGUUCUACAGUCACAAUAAGACGAAAAAUCUACGUCAAGAUAUGCUGGCGAGGCUCCGACUAAUCGGAGACUUGACAGCUAUUUCGAGGUAUCGCACCAGCCCCCAAACACCGGCCAGCAAAGCCUUGCCCCUCCAUCCAGUAAAAGGCAAAAUGGACCAAGAAUGGGCAUCUAUCUCGGUCCUUACCCACCCAGAAUCAGUUUAUCGACUGUUCAAACACCGCAGAGAAUAUUCUCCUCUUCCUCCGGAUUAUGAGUGGGAAGAACAGAAGCGACGUUACUCCCCAUACGACCUGGACAUGUCCCAUUUUCAAGACCCAUCUUUGAGACACCCGUUCGGUUACGUCUUCUGUCACCGAGGUCUUUACGAGCGUGCUUCGAGACGCAUUGACAAUUCAAGGUCGGCAGUCGAGAAUGGAAUCAAUGAGAAUUUUUUCCUUCAUGAGGUCGAUGCAUUCAUGACGAGCAGCAUGAGCAACUCGUUCCUAGCCCAUGAUCAAACUGCGGAUCGCGUUACGUCCAAGAAGGGCCCAUGGGCGGCGCAUCGCCUAGAAGAUAUCCUGAACACAGACCUUGUGGCAAGGGGUGUUCAACUGCCCGAGAAUCCGGAUUUUGGAUCCUCUUACCUGAGGACGGAAGACCAGGUGCCUGGCCUGGAAGGCACCAUUUGGCAAGAAAGAGUCAAACACAGCGGCCGCACCCUUCAAAUCGACCUGAGGGACAAGGACUUUGCUAGAGGAAUUGCAUGUUAUGCCUUUCACCUCCCAAAGCGUCCUUUUCGCAACAAGUCUCACAGAGAGACGCAACAUCACACACUGGCCUGGGAAAUUUUGGGCUCAACCAUGCUCAAAGGUUAUAAUUUGCACUUCGAUUCUUUCCAAAACCUAUUUGAGAUGGUAAAGAAAGAGUUUGCCGCAUUGGACCGGAAGCGAGAAUUCCCGGAAGAUGAAUUCACGACAAACCACUUACAUCAACUGCCGCCGUUGAUCAUGGUGUUCUACUCGGAUCCAGUGGUCGAGCUCGCGAAGAAAACCCCUCCCAACAAUUGUGCAGAAAUGAGCUAUAAACACAUUCGUGACGUCUUCAUGAAACAUGUUUUGUCCUUUAUCGAUAUCCCCACCGACAACGGGGUUUUCAACUUCAUACUGGAGAUCACCCAUAGCGGUCUCGGCCUACUCUACGACAAAGAGACCGGAAAGGCCAGAAACCCUUUGACCGGAGACCCUCUGAGAGACCCACAGGUCAUUUUUGACAGUAUGGUGGACCGGGCCAUGAUCGAUGUUAGCUUGGAGUUGAGAGAGAGGAAUCCAAAGCUGCUCUUCUCUUCUUGCACACGGCUGCCCGACGUUAUUAUACAGGAUCAGAGAUACAAAGCGAACCACAAGACUGGAAAGCUGGUACCCUGGCCGGAUGGUGAGAAGGGGAUCGCAGCUCAGCUACGAGCCAUCCACGGGGGUUUGUACCCACAAUCGAACAUGGUUGUGGCCGACAACCCGGUUGCGGAGAUCGCUGCACGCACAUGGAUCGACGAGAAAUCCCAGUCCACCCUGAGGAGAGAGGAGCUGUUGCGAGUUCCGUACUACGAAUGGCUUAGAAGGGCCGGCGACGAUGUCUUUGACGCCGUGUGCAAGCUGAAUGACGACUUUCUACCAAACAAACUCGGGGAACCUACGGACAGCAUUCCGGAUCGUCCAAGGGUUUCAUUAGACCUAGAGACUAUCCAGUCUUGGUUAGACAAUGCACAUUCGAAUGUGUCUGUCUCCGAUGACACUGAGACUCAAGGCGAUCAUACGGACAGUGAAGAUGAGGGAACCUAUAGGACCCAUUCCGAAACAAGUCGACUGAACAGACUGAACAGACAACUUUUCUUUGGGGAGUCCGACCAAGGCUCCACACUGCUGCUUACAGUGCAGCUGAACAAAAACAUCUGGGGCGCUGAUAUCAACGCGUCGGUGGGAUGGUUCGGAACUCCGCUAUCAGUUGCGUGUGCAAAAGGCCACGAGCGCAUUGUCCGGUUCUUAUUGGACAAAGGUGCCAACCCCAAAGUCCCAAUGAGGACCAUCCACAACGCCAAAAUCACCAAAAUUCUCAUGAAUGCCGGGGCAGACGUUGGAGACGUGCCAGUAAGAGGGGUGGACAAAAUCAUCAAUGAAGAUCACGUCAUGGGUUGA